AUGGAAUGGGGUUCGAAUCAAGCGGAGUUCGAUUACUUGUUCAAGCUGUUGAUGAUUGGGGACUCUGGGGUUGGUAAGAGCAGUCUCCUCCUCAGCUUCACUUCCGAUUCCUUCGAAGAUCUUUCUCCUACCAUCGGUGUUGAUUUUAAGGUGAAAUAUGUUACUCUUGGAGGCAAAAAGCUCAAGCUUGCAAUUUGGGAUACAGCUGGUCAAGAGAGAUUUCGAACGUUGACAAGUUCAUAUUACAGAGGUGCACAAGGAAUCAUUAUGGUUUAUGACGUAACAAGGCGAGAAACAUUUACAAACCUUUGUGAUGUAUGGGCCAAGGAAAUAGAACUCUAUUCAACAAAUCAAGACUGCAUCAAGAUGCUUGUUGGGAACAAAGUUGAUAAGGAGAGUGACAGGGUUGUGACAAAGAAAGAGGGAAUAAAUUUCGCCAGGGAAUCUGGAUGUCUCUUUAUUGAAUGUAGUGCUAAAACUCGAGUUAAUGUGCAGCAGUGCUUUGAAGAGCUUGUUUUAAAGAUUCUGGAUACUCCCAGUCUCGUAGCUGAGGGUUCUAAAGGGAUGAAGAAGAACAACAUCUUUAAGGAGAAACCGCCACAGUCAGAUGCAUCCACAAGCAGCUGUUGCUGA